UCCUGCAAGCAGUACAGAUCAGCUCAGCACAUUUCUACAAAUCUACCAAAAGCAAAACACAUACACACACUACAAAAUGGCACCACAGAGCAACAACACCAACACCGCUUUCGUCUCCAAGACCCAGCACUAUUUGAAGGUGAAGAAGCCCCUUUUGGAGCGCCAGCGUCGUGCCCGCAUGAACAAGUGUUUGGACACAUUGAAGACCCUGGUGGCCGAGUUCCAGGGCGACGAUGCCAUCCUGCGAAUGGACAAGGCCGAGAUGCUGGAGGCGGCACUUGUCUUCAUGCGCAAACAGGUCGUCAAGCAGCAGGCGCCGGUCUCCCCACUUCCCAUGGAUAGUUUCAAGAAUGGCUACAUGAACGCCGUCAGCGAGAUCUCCCGUGUGAUGGCCUGCACCCCGGCCAUGAGUGUGGAUGUUGGCAAGACAGUGAUGACCCAUCUGGGCGUCGAGUUCCAGCGCAUGCUGCAAGCCGAUCAGGUCCAGACUUCAGUGCCAACCUCCACCCCACGCCCACUCAGCCCCGCCUCCUCGGGAUACCACAGCGAUAACGAGGACUCCCAAUCCGCCGCCAGCCCCAAGCCAGCCGAAGAAACCAUGUGGCGCCCUUGGUAAAUCAUCACCAUCAUCAUCAUCAACGACAUCGAAUCCAGUCUUCCAGCUGAGGAAUCUUCUUCAGCAUCGACAUUGAAUCCUGUCUUCCACCAGCAACUUCUGUUGCAACGAAUCAAGUCUUCCAAUUGAAUCGUUAACCAUGUGAUAACAGCUUUACCUAGAUCAUAAGCACACCUCAAGCUUUACUAGUUUGUUAAGGAUUAUGUUUUAAGAGAACACCACAACAGCUUUAAUAGUUAUAAAAUAAAA